CAAUUGGAGCAGUUAACACGUGUUUGGUAGAUAAGACGAGUCAUGUAGACUCACCGCAGUACAAACAGCAGUUGUUAGGUCGAUCACGAGCACCGCGCCUGCAGGGUCUUCUCCACCUCUCUCCUAGACACAGAUUGCACAAUGGCUGCGACAAAGCGACAGUACUUUGAGUAUAUUGUCAUUGGUUGUGGAGGAAUCGGCAGCGGAGCACUGUACUGGUUGUCCAAACGGUCCAGCUCAGUCCUUGGUCUCGAGCAGUUUUCUCUCGGUCAUGAACGAGGAGGCUCACAAGAUGUAUCAAGGAUCAUUCGCCUGACGCACCAUGAUGACCGCUACACCAAACUCGUCCCCGACACCUUCAAGGCAUGGGAACAGAUAGAGCGCGAGUCCGGCCUGCAGGUUGUAUGGAUGACCGGGGGUCUGAGGCUGGCCAGGAAGGGACAGAGUGACGCACGUUUGGAGGCGUAUGCUGUAGAAAUGGACAGGAACAAAAUCAGAUAUGACAGGCUGUCAAACCAGCAGCUGAUGGCCCGCUACCCCCAGUUCACAGUGGGUCCAGAUGUCGUGGCCUUGUACCAGGAACAGGCGGGCCUUGUGGACGCGGCCAUGGGGAACGCUGUCCACAUUCAGCUGGCCAGGGGUAACGGGGCUACAAUCCUGGAGAACUGUCCCGCUACCAGGCUGACUAGGGCCAACAACGGCAACGUCAUUGUUCACACAACGAAGGGCGUGUUCGAGUGCCGGAAGGUGGUGGUGACGGCAGGCGGUUGGCUCAACUCGGUUCUGGGGACGAUCGGCGUCCACGUCCCCGUCACCGUCACACAGGAGCAGGUGACGUACUACGCCACGCCGCACAUGAAGGAGUUCACCGAGAAAAAGUUCCCCAUCUGGAUUUUUCACUGCCCACAGUACGACUUCUACGCCCUCCCCAUCCACGGCAACACGGGGACGAAGAUCGGGAUCGACGUUGGAGGUAACGUUGUCACCGCCGACACGAGGACCUUUGAACCGGAACCUGCUCGAGAGCGGGUCUGUACUGAGCUCCUGCAGGAGAUUUGUCCCAAGUUUCUGGGACCAAUUCUCCAGACCAAAACCUGCCUGUACACCAUCCCCCCGGACAGAGACUUCCUGGUCGACACAUGCGCAUACAAGGGCUGGUCUGACGUCAUCGUUUGUUGUGGAGCUGGACAUGCGUACAAAUUUGCAAGUCUGCUUGGUAAGAUCCUAAGCGAACUCGCCGUUGACGGCCGAACCCAGUAUGACAUCAGUCAGUUCAACAUCACCAGAGACGCCAUCCAGGACCCCACCUUCAAACCAACGUUUUCCUUAUGGAGUGGUGUUGAGGCGAAACUGUAGACUGUGCUUGCUUUCCGUUCGUCAUCCGACACACAGUUACUACAGCAUUCUUCGAUAUAUAUUUACAUAGAGUUUAGAUUAUACUUUCUGGAAAAGAAUCAUGAUUCAGUGAAGGAAAUAUUGUCUUUUUGUUUCUUGCUUUUGAUAUGAAUACGUCACAUGAUAUUUGUAAUCCCCUAUGUUGGAAAUGAAAAUGGAUUUCAGCAUUGUUGAAACCGGAAUUACACAACUGAUUAUAAAAUCACCAAAGGCUAAGUAGUUCUCACCAUUGUUAUUGUAAUAACUUUUACUUUAUCUUCAAAUUGAGGCUGUGUUUUCAAAUAAACAGUUUUAUGCCUUGUC